GAGUUUUAUUGUUUAGUGUUGAAAAUAUCAAAUUUAGUCCAAUAGAGACAAAAAGAAAAAAAAAAUACAAUGUUAUUUAUCUUUUCACUUUUAGCUAUAUAUUUAGAGGUAGAAUCCCCUAUUCUUAAUUACGUUUAUCUUCCAAUCAACUGUCGAUAAGAAAUUUGUAUAAAUAAGACUCCAACAAUCUCCCUCAACUUAGCAACACUUAUCAUAGUUGCAAACAAUACUCAAACCCCCAAAAAUACUAUAUGCACAUUCUCAAUCUGGCUAGAUAUAUAUUUAGCCAUCCAAAUUAACAACACAAAAAUAAUAAUAUGGAUUCUCUUCUAAAAUUGCCAAUCAUAGAUAACUUUAAGGAAGAACCAUUAUUCAUGGCCAUCAUGUUCAUCUUACCACUAAUACUUCUUUUGGGUUUAGUAUCACUAAUCCUCAAAAAGCCAAAAUAUCCACCUGGACCAAAAGGGUUACCUUUUAUAGGUAACAUGCUAAUGAUGAACCAAUUAACCCACCGUGGUUUAGCCAACUUAGCAAAACAAUAUGGUGGCAUCUUUCACCUACGCAUGGGAUUCCUCCACAUGGUAGCUAUUUCUGACGCGGACGCGGCACGUCAAGUUCUCCAAGUUCAUGACAACAUUUUUUCCAACCGUCCGGCGACCGUAGCCAUAAAAUACUUAACUUACGACCGUGCUGACAUGGCAUUUGCUCACUAUGGACCCUUUUGGCGCCAGAUGCGAAAACUUUGCGUCAUGAAGCUCUUCAGCCGCAAACAUGCAGAGUCCUGGCAAUCAGUUAGAGACGAGGUUGACCAUGCUGUCCGAACUGUUUCAGACAACAUAGGAAACCCCGUCAAUAUCGGAGAGCUCGUGUUCAACUUAACCAAAAAUAUUAUCUAUCGAGCGGCUUUCGGGUCGAGCUCGAGAGAAGGACAAGAUGAGUUUAUUGGGAUAUUGCAAGAGUUUUCCAAAUUGUUUGGAGCUUUUAAUAUUUCUGACUUUGUACCUUGUUUUGGAGCUAUUGACCCUCAAGGGCUUAAUGCUAGGCUUGUUAAGUCUCGAAAAGCUUUGGAUAGUUUCAUAGACAAAAUCAUAGAUGAACACAUGCAGAAGAAGAAGGAUGUUGGUGAUGAAGAAACGGAUAUGGUUGAUGAAUUGCUUGCUUUCUAUAGUGAAGAGGCUAAGUUGAAUAAUGAAUCGGACGAUUUGCAAAGUUCCAUCAAACUUACGAAGGAUAACAUCAAAGCUAUCAUCAUGGAUGUGAUGUUUGGAGGAACUGAAACUGUAGCCUCAGCAAUUGAGUGGGCCAUGGCUGAACUAAUGAAAAGUCCAGAAGAUCUAAAAAAAGUCCAACAAGAGUUAGAUGAAGUUGUGGGCCUGACCCGUCGAGUCGAAGAGCCCGAUUUCGAGAAACUAACUUAUCUCAAAUGUGUUCUUAAAGAAACCCUACGUCUACACCCACCAAUUCCGUUGCUUCUCCACGAAACUGCAGAGAAUGCUAUUGUUAACGGUUAUUUUAUUCCAAAGCGCGCACGUGUGAUGAUAAAUGCAUGGGCGAUUGGAAGAGACAACAAUUGUUGGGAGGAGCCAGAGAGUUUUAAGCCUACACGGUUUUUGAAACCAGGUGUGCCUGAUUUUAAGGGGAGUAAUUUUGAGUUUAUUCCGUUUGGGUCGGGUCGUAGAUCUUGUCCUGGAAUGCAGUUGGGUUUGUACGCGCUUGAUUUGGCGGUGGUUCAUUUGCUUCAUUGUUUUACUUGGGAGUUGCCAGAUGGAAUGAAACCGAGUGAAAUGGAUAUGAGUGAUGUGUUUGGACUCACUGCUCCAAGAGCGAAUCGACUUGUUGCUAUUCCUACCAAGCGUAUCUUGAGCCCUCUGGAUUAGAAAGAAUGGGAAAACAUUGGAUUUUUUUUUAAUAUCCUAUUAGACAUAAGUUGAAAUAUUAUGUGAAGAUAAAAUAAGACACGUAAUAAGAACGUGAUAGUUUAAAAGAGUGGUAAUUUUCUUUACUCUUCUUGAUGUAAACUUCUAUUUCAAAUAUCAUCGUGUAUUAUCCUAUAAAAAAUGAUUCCUUGUUUA